AUGACGUCAGCACUGACGCGUUCACUCAGCGUCGAGUCUUCAGAGCUGAGUGAAAGACAAAGACAGAGUUUAUUGAAGGACAGUGAGAAGAUGAGUGAUCCAGAACCCUGCAGAAUUAAACAGGAAGAGACUGAAGAACUAAUAGGUGUGAAGGUGGAAGAGAGUGAAGCACUGAGUGAAGAUGAGGAGAAACAUCAUGUCAAAAAUGUUAAGGUGGAGAAGAGUGAAGCACUGAGUGAAGAUGAGGAGAAACAUCAUGUCAAAGAGCUGAAUGAAGACAUGAAAAUUUGCUUUAAUGUUCAUUCAAAGACUAAACCUUUUCUAUGCUCUUUGUGCGGGAAGAGUUACAAUUAUCCACACGGUUUAAGGCAACAUCAGAGGACUCACACUGGAGAGAAACCGUACAAGUGUUCAGACUGCCACAAGAGAUUCAGCCAGUCACAUUAUCUGAGAAGACACCAGGUGACUUACACUGGAAAGAAACAUUACAAGUGUUCACACUGCGAGCGAACAUUCAGUGAGUCAGAAAAUCUGACAACACAUGAGAGGAUUCACACUGGAGAGAAACGAUUCAGAUGCGCUCAGUGUGGGAACGGUUUCAUGCAAUUGUCAGACCUUAAUCGACACAUGCUGAUCCACACAGGAGAGAAAAACCACAAGUGUGUUCAUUGUGGGAGGAGUUACAGACAAUCGUCAGACCUUAGUCGACACAUGAUGAUCCACAUUGGAGAGAAAAAACACAAAUGUGAUCAAUGCGACAGGAUAUUUUUGAGGACUGCAGAUUUGAAGCUCCAUCUUAGUGUUCAUAAAGAGGAGAAGCCGUAUUCAUGCUCUGAGUGUGAGAAGAGUUUUAAACGAAAGUCACAUUUAAGAAAACAUCAGAAGAUCCACACUGGUAUGAAAGAGCAUGUGUGCUUUAUUUGUGGGAAGAGUUAUACUACAGCUGAAAAUCUGAAACGCCACCAGAGGAUUCACGCUGGAAAGAAACCAGUUAAACAUAAAAGGACUCUAAAAAGCAAAGGCUGACAUUUAGAAAUCCUAAAGAGGACAUAUGGUCACCCUAUCCGAAUGUUUUAGUAUUUCAGGCCUUUAUUAUUUUGCUUCAUGAUACAGUCAAUAAACUUAUCCAGGCUUACACAGA